AUGCAUGUUGGGAAUAUAUUUUCUGGUACUAGUUCUAUUGUUCAUUUUUCAGCAUCAAGAAGUACACCUGAUUAUUCAACAGUUGGAUCUAAUGAAUCAGAAAAAGGAUCCCAUAUACCAGAAGCUACACCAACAUAUUCUGAAACAGCUACUAUUGUAGGUGAAUCUUCUACAUGGGGCAAAGGAGCAUAUAAAACCUUUAAUGGUAAAAUCUUUUCCUUUGAAUCUUCGUGCACAUACACCUUCUGUCGUCACUGUGUUGAAUCUGGAAGUGAUUUUAACAUUGAAAUCAAACGCAGUAAUCAGAGUGAGAUUGAAAAGAUCACAGUCCUAAUUGAUGGCACUGAUGUCUCUAUUAGUGGAAAAACAAUCCUGGUUAAUGGAGAAAGGUAA